AUCUAUUUCUUUGCGAGUUGAUAGAACAAGAAAACAAUAUUUUUGUGAGAAAAAUUGUUACUUUUAUUGAAUAAAGAUUUCAAAAAAAAUAAUAAAAGAAAAACCAAAUAAAAUGCAACAAGUGAGCGCAACUGAAACGACUGUUGAAAAAAUCAUUCCAACUAUUUCAUUGGACGAUAGUUCUCAAGGAGAACAAAACUUGACAGCUAGCUCUUCAAAAGAAAUUUCUGAACAAACUUCUUCGAUUGAGGAGGGGGAGCUUGCAGAUGAGAAUGAAUCUGUAGAAUUUUUGUUUGAAAUUAGAUUUUCGCAUAAGAACGUCUACGAUGAGCUUGGAGAAUUGAUUAUUGAAGCAAUACAAGGGAAACUUGAAAGUGCCAGCAGCGAAGGCAAUAAAGAAAUCAAUUAUUGUAUCAAAGACAAGAAAGACGGAGUGCUCAUUCGUGUCGAGAAGCAUAACCAACAACAUGAUUCUGAAAUAAAACGAAAAAUAGAACAAAGACGCGAAAGGGAUCGCGUUAAAGAACAGUCGCCUGAUCUCAGUGGUUUAUCCGAAUUAUUUACAAUUGACACGGAUCCCGUUCAAAAACUGGAUAGUGUUCAAGUGCCCUCUUAUAAACGAGCUGUAAAAGAUGUUUUACUAGAUGAAGAGACGGAAACGCAAAGGAAACAGAGCGAAGAAAAAAACAAUAUGAAAAGGCCAAAGCAGGGCGGUGCUUGCUUCAAUUGUGGAGCUACGGAGCACGGCUUAAAAGAUUGUCCCGUGCCACGUAAUCCUAAGCGCAUAAGAACUGCAAAAAAGUUUAUUACUAAAUCGGAACGUUAUCAUGUUGAUGUUGAACAACGCUUUGCUCAUUUGCGGCCAGGUCGUAUAAGUGACAAUUUAAGAGAAGCAAUGUGCCUGAAGCGAGGCGAAUUACCGUUUUUUUUUUAUCGCAUGCGGUAUUUGGGCUACCCUCCAGGCUGGUUGGAAGAUGCGAAAGUUGAACAUUCUGGAAUAACUCUAUUUAAUUCGGAUGGCUCUGCUGUUUUGAAUUCAGAUCAAGAUGAAGGUGAGGUUGAGCCCCGAACUUACAGAUACGACGCUUCCAAAAUUAUUGAUUUCCCUGGUUUUAAUCAAUAUCCUGGUGAAAAUUUCUACGAUGAUUACAGACACCAUAAUGUGCCUCCAUUUGAUAAACGCCAGUUAAAGGAUGAGUUUAUUAAAUCUUUGGGUGACAACGUCCUGACUGGUUACAAACGCAAAAAGCUUAAAGAUUUAAAUAUCUCUAAUAGUACUACAGAAGGCCAAAAUAAUGCCACUACCUUAGAAAUAACAGAUAUGGAAAUUGAAGAUGCAGAUAGCGGUGAUCAAAUUUUGGAAUUUAUACGACCGCCUGUACCUCUAAUGGAGUCGACGGUAGAGAAUAAACCUCCACCGCCGCCGUCACCAAUGUCCCUCGUAGACCCGACAUUAGAAGAGAGAGUGGAUGUAAACAAAGUAAUAAUAGAUUGCGAUGAAGACAGAUCCCAGUCUCCUAGUCUGGAAGAUCUGCAAGCAAAGCAACAACUGUUAUUGCAGGAAUUACAAGCUAACAUCUCCAUAACAACCGAACAUGAAGACUCAAGUGUAGAAGUUUUGAUAUUAGACGACAGUGAAUAUAAUAUGAAUUCAUUUUCUGUAAACAGUUCUGCGAAGAACAGUAAAACAAACUGUGAAUUGCCCGCCAAUGCACAAAACAAAGACACUACGGAACCACUUAUAAAAGAAUCAUUUGUAGGCACACCUUUAAUUAAAUUUUCACCAUACGACUGCUUGCCAACGGGUGAGAAUUUUAAAGUCGGAGUAAGCGAUGUGAUCAAUUUUGAGAACUUACCUGAUUCUACGGGAAAAUAUGCACAAAUGAAAAAAAUUUUAAAAAGGGUGCGAGAUACUGUUCAUACUCUAAAUAACAAGGAUGAGUGAUUAUUAAAACUUUUACAUAUGAAUUAAGUGUGGAUAACCACCUCUUUUUUUCAAUAAAAUGGACAUUUAAUACAAACUGGUUACUGUUUAUAUGGCAAGAAAAACAGCCUUUAAGACAAGCUUGUCCAUCAUUACAAUGCAAACUGCAAAUCCUACUCGAACAUAUAGCUCUUUUCAGUAUUUUAAUUGAAUUGACGGCUCAUUAUUCAUCACGUCAUCUUGACGAUCUUCUCUCCUCUACAGCAAGAGGCCAAAAACAAGCCGCGAACACACAAAACGUGUAUUUGCGGGAAAAUGCUGCAAAAGUCGAUCCUAUUGUAUGCUAACUAUGUAAACGGCUUGAAAAUAGAUGUCUCCAAUUUGCACACUGCGCGAAUUUUGUUUCCUGCACGAACGCUAGUUAAGGCAUUUGGUUUCACUUUUUAUUUGCUAGUAAAAUAAAAGGAAUGUCGUCGUCUAGUCGAACUAAAACGUAAAUUUUUUUUGGAUAUAUUUAUUGUAUAUUUAAAUACAUUUACACA